AUGACUUGCCGGACCGAAAUAGUGGAAAGGCCGAGCACCGAAACACUCUUGAUCUGUGUGGUCACUCGGAUGCUUACUCCACAUUCGGAUCCUAAGACCCAACCCGAGUGGUUUUGGAUUGUCGAUAUCAUAAGGUACAAAGAGGAGUCUAAACUGCCUGACAAGAAGGAAGACGCCGACCGCGUGCGAAAAAGGGCCCCCUCCUUUGAGAUAGUGGAUGGGCAGUUAUACAAACGAUCUUUUGGGGGACCACUGAUGCGCCGCCUACUUCCCGAUGAAGCCAAGAUUGUUAUGAUGGAGGCUCACCGUUGGAUCUGCGCUGAUGACCAAGGGGCUAACACAUUGGCUCGAAAGCUCGUCAUCCAAGGGUAUUACUGGCCGAACAUGGUGAAAGACUGCGUGGAAGAAGUGAUGGGAUGUCCGACUUGCCAGUCAUUCACCACGAGAGAUACUCGACCGGCUACCUUUCACACCCAGUCACCAUGGCAAUUGUGA